AGACCUUGCCUUGAUCAACGCACAGUGAUAGAGAAAACAAUAGUAAACCCCCCAAUUAAAACUGAAAUAACCACAGAAAUAAAACCUUUCGCUUUUUUAAUGCCUCUCUCCCUCCCUCCCUCCCUCUUUUUCCUUUAUCAAAAAUCGUGAUUUCUUUUCUCAGUUUUUUUUUUAAACUAAAAGAGCUUGAGAGAGAAGUGAGAAGCUAGGCUAUGGUGGAGCAGAAACAACAGAAGAAUGAUGAUGAUGUGGAGAUAUUGUUUAUGAUGAUGAUGCAAUGGCCUUGCUGAAAAUGGCCCAACCGAGCAAAAUUACCAACAUCGACAAUGUCAACACUUCAACUCAUUUGCUACGCCAUAAUCAACAAGUAAACCCCACAAUGUUUCAUGAUUUCCUGGGUAUGAAAGCUUCAGAUUCAGCUGUCGUUCUAGCUCCCAAGGCAAAUGAUACAAGGGUCCCAGAAGCUUCCCCUUCUGCUUCAGCAUCUGUUGGUGCUGCCCGUGGAUCCUUCUCUUCCACCUCUGUUCUGGGUUCUGUUGGACAGGUGGGAAACCAUCUUGAGGGCAUUCCGUACUACGGUCCAAAGAGUGACAUUUCUGGGACAGAGAUAAGCAACAAAAUGGUAGGAAGUAAGAGAAGUAAUUCGGAUUCGGUUUUCAUGGGUCAUGAAUCUCUUGAAAGCUUGCAUUCGAUGAAGAUGCUCCAUAAUGGCGCUGGUGGGGAGCGAGCUAGAAAGGCAAAGAAGGAUGAAGUGUUGCACGGUAUGCAGUCAAUGAGGCCUUCUUCCGCAUCUCUUAUAUCACUGGCUCCCACCGGUAGCAGACCUGAAGGGAUUGCUUCCAAAUGGGAGCGAUCUAUCCCUGUUAUAGGCUCUGCAGUUCAGUAUGGCACAUGCAGUGGCCACUUUAUGCCUUUUAUGCAUCAAGUAUCAUCGGACAGGUUCAAAGAUACGAAUGUUGGUCCUGUUAUCUCUUCGGCAGCUGCUGAUGAAGGAUCUAGAACCGGAAUUAAAGGCCCUAGCAUUUUAAGCUCUAUUAAUGCUAGUAGUGUUCCCGCCGACAAAAACUCUUCUGGGGUAGUGCCAAUUGGCAGCAGGCCAGAAUCUUCAGUCCCUCCAAGUCGACAAGGAUUAACCUCCACCAGCCGACAAAUGACGAUAUUUUAUGCUGGCCAGGCUCAUGUCUUUGAUGAUGUGCAUCCAAACAAGGCAGAUGUGAUAAUGGCCUUGGCUGGAUCAAACGGAGGAUCUUGGUCGACAACCUACUCCCCUAAAUCUGCUACGAGGCUAGCUAGUGAAAACUAUGCAGGCAGUCGUGAACCUGAAGCUGUAGGAAACAUGCCGUUUUCACGGGAAUUUCGGGGGAGGGUAGCUGUUGCUGGUAAUACUAGUCAAGGAACUGGCUCCGGUGAACGAACCUCAAUGCCAACAGGGGUUCCUCAAGGCGCCAUUGUUAUGGAAAAAGAAGCAAGAAAUCCUGAACCAUGUACCAAUGAUGAGAGAGAGGUAUGAAGUUAAAGAGAGUUACUUAUCCAUGUCACCCUUAAUGUCAACGUAUGAAGUUAAAGAGAGUUACUUAUCCAUGUCACCCUUAAUGUCAACUUCUCCCUUUUCUUUUUCUUCCUUUCCUUUUUUGGGAAAUUUCUGCAUUAAUUAUCUUUUUUCUUCUUCUUAAAAGAACAUUAUUUAUAGAGAAGACAAUUGGAUUA